GAGCCUCGUUCAACACAGGGCCAAGGAAGAAACGAGAGGGUUGUGUUCUCGUACGAAUUCAGAACACACAAAACAGAGGAGCAGCAGAGUGUUGUAAUUCGAAUUCCAAUUGAAGAGCAGACGAUGGGGACUCAGCAAAUAGACAUGGAAGAGUUUAAGCAUGUGGUUAUAGAAGCGUUCAAAGCGGCAUUACAGCCCCAAUUUGAUCGGGUACAACGUGGGAUCGACAAGCUCAAGUCUGCCAUCGAUAAACGUCUCAGUAUUAUUCCGCGAAAACAGAGUGCAGAUUUCUCUCGGCCAAAGGAUCGAUUGGACAUCCAGAAACCAUCGAAUUCUGCCUCGGAAUUGGUCGUCAAUGAAGAAGAAGCAAACCCGAAUGAGUCACCGGCGUCGGAGCUGUCAAGCUGUGAGGUUUUGGGAGCAAACAGCGCCGGCGUGCGACGCCUCUGUUCUUCCUCGAGAAAACAGAGUAGGAGAGAGGGAGAAGCGGGUGGAGAGCUGGGUAAUGAGUCGAGCAAAGAAGACUCCACCAAUAUGCUCGAAAAACUCCCAGUAAUGAAUUCCCUAACCACAAUCGACGCCAAUCAGCUUCAAAUACAAGUUCAUAAGUUGGGAAAAUUGCCUCUGCAAUUGCCGGAAUUGAGCUCCAAACACGAGUACCUCGUUGGAGCAAUUGAGGGCGAACCGAGCAGAACCGAAACCAUGGACAAGUUUCUGGAGGUCCAAGGAAUGUGUGGGGAUCCAGAGAUCGACCAAAACGGCGGAGAAUCAAAAAUGCCCAAAUUUGAUUCUGGGUUUCUCGAUACGCAGGAAUUUGAAAGCGACGACACCGGGAAAACUGCAGAUGAUGAUUCCUCACUUACCAUGGGUAUUCGAAGUGAGAAAUCGGACGGGGAAUUCAAUUCUCUGUUGGAGAAAGCUUCCUCGAGAAUUGAAUUGAAGAAUGGCAGCUUGGAUAUUCCGAACUCGGAUUCAGAGCAACGGACGAUGUUCGUCGCGAAUUUGAGCUGUCCUGGGAAAUUGCUAGCUCACUGUUCGUUGAUGAUUGAUGCUGAUACUGGUCAGAAAUUGCUAGGAGAUGAAGGGAAGGCUGUGAUAGUAGAGAAAGGCGCCAUCGAAUUAGACAAGAUGUGCAGGGAAGAUGAAAUUUUUGCGUCGAAGAACAUGUUUGAGCAGCCUACUUUCGAUCCAAUUUGGGAUCGAUUCUGUGAUGAUUUUGACAAAAGGAAAGAUCAAGCUUUGAGGUCAAAGCUUUUUGAAGAGGGGGAGCCUGAUAUGAUCCAAAUUGGCCACUUCUACAAGUCACAAUUACUUUCCAAAGAAGCUAUCAAGGUUGGAAAGAAGAAAGGCAGAAUUUGGCUAAGUCAAAAUCCGUGUUCAGGGUACAUACUUUGGAGGCAUGGUUAUCUCAAUUGGCUGGGUGGAAGUUCCAUUUCAAGGGUUUUUAUUGUAGAUAAAGUUUCCAUGUUUUCAAUGAUAUGCUUUGUGAAGCCAGAUGAUGUCAUUAAGAUUGUUUUCCAAGACCUCAAAGUUGCUACCUCAAAACUGGAAAACUGCCAGAAAAUGGCUAAGGCAGAAAACUGUUUUGUGAAGCCUACUUUGGAGCUCAAUUCAAGGAGCAUGGAUCUGAUUCGAGACCAAAGGCUUCUACAACAUGAAACUAGGAAUGUUUAUCUACCAAGGGAAGGAAUCGGAUAAAAGAUCGGAGUUCUAGAAGGCCUCGUACGAAAGGUGUGAAGUUAGUACAAAAGCUGCUUUUUGACUGUUUGCUGGCAGCUUACUUGUGCUUCAAGAAAGGAAGUUUAAACCCGAAUUUUGUGUCCUUUUUAGUGUAGAAUUUUACCUUAACUGUUUCCUAGUUAUACUAUGAUUGUAUUAGGUUUUAUUUGCCUUUAAAUAGCGUUCUAUUUCGUUGUAAAAUUCAGAGUUGAUUGAAUAGAAAAGAAACCGUUUGGUUUGUGCAAGUUGCGACUUGUUUUGGGUUUGGUGGAUUCCAAACUUGCUGAGCUUGUGUAUCGAUUGAAUAGUCACUUCAAUCGUGGUCGAGCAACUACCCUUUUAUACCAAUCGAGCUAUCCCCAGGUGUGGAUUUGUCCUUUUGGUUCCGUUUUAUCCAAGUUCGUAUUAAGAACGCUUCGUUCUUGAUUCGAGCUCAAUCGAUUCUUCGAUUGAGUCGUUAGCUGCGUGACUUUGAUAAACAUACACCCCCCAGGGGCGUAUCAAGCUGCAUUGGUUUGAGUUAGGUUUGCUUGCGGACAAGCAAACAGUUAAGUGUGGGGGAUUUGAUGACUCGGUAUUUGCACAUGUUUUCCCCUUUGUUUCUUGAUUGUUUGAGCUUGAAUUAUCGUGUCUUUGGCCUAUUUUACGCUAGGUUGUGUUCCUUUGUCACAUUUCAGGUCCUAGCACAUAAAGUGAAGCAUAGGCGCAAGUUUCAAGUCAAUCAGAGAUCAAUUGACGAUUCGGGAGAAGAAACUCGGGUAUGACCUGAAGAAGAAUGGAUUUCUACCUCACUUUAUGGACAAAGAAUCAUGCAAGCUUGUCAUGAAAAGAAAGAGGACGAGACUACAAGCGUCUGGGAUCAAACGGCGACUGAUUCGGAGUCCAGACGAGGGAGAAACGAAGCAUUAAACAGAGGCUGAGCAAGCCACACGGGCACAACCCACACGGCCGUGUGACCUGGCCAUGUGGCCGUGUGGAAAUCACCGAGACUUCACACGGGCAGAUGGGAAAGCCACACGGCCAUGUGGCCUAGCCGUGUGAGUCGGGAAUUGCUGUUUAAAACCCGAUUUUCAGCAAAAGGAAAGGGGGAGAGCUGGGUUUUGGAUCCCAAACACCCAAGGGACGAACCCUAGAGAGAGAGAGCGACUUGGGAACAUUCUUGGAGCUAUUUUGGAGGAUUUCUUCGCCAUUGGAGCUCGGGAAUCAAGCUUGGAGAUGGAGAUUGAAGAUCUAGAUCAGAUUUCUGCAGUCUCUCUCUUCUCUAUGGAGUAACUUCCCUUCACUUAGGUUUUGAGGAACCUUAGUUCCAUGAGUUAGGAUCUUUCUUGUAUGAAGUUUUGGAUGCUAUAUUGUUUGAUUAUAAUCGAAUGAUGCAUGUUUAUUGAGUCGAUUGAAGUCUGAUCAACUUUUCCUGAUUCCUGCUGCAAUCUGAGAUAGAUAGAAUCUGAUUAGGUUGCUAGAGUCUCAUCAUUCGGUAGUAGGAGAUUGGCUAUACGAGAGUUAGCCAGUUUACUGCUUUGUACUGGAAUCCAAUUCCAGUAGUGGAGUUCUGUGCUUAUUGCUUCAGCUUUCUAUCCCGGUGAAGACUAGUCGUCUGCCGGAUAGUUAGACUGAGAGGGCUUGUUCAGCUUAAGAGAUUCCAAGCUACUGUCGGAUCUUCCGCAGUUUAAUCAACAGUAAAUCAACCAAAAGGAAUUACAACUUGGACCUAAUUGAGGAGCUAGGGAGAAUCAUACCUAAGUGAGUUCCCAAACUGUAAUUAGUAGUUUUACUUAGUUUAGUUAGUAGAGUAGUUUAGUUAAUCAAUCCUUAAUCUAGUUUGCUAGAUAAUGAACUGAAGCUGAGUAA